AUGAUUUGGAGAGUUUGUCCAAUUUAUUUUAGCCGCUGUUGGAUAACCAUUCCAUUGUACAAACCACCUCAAAAUCUACCAGUAAAAGCUCAUCACUUGGUAUCAUCACUAAUUAAUGAUUGUGUACAUUCACUGGGAAUUUCUGCUUCAAUCUGUUUCACAUUGCACGACAUACGUGAAAAGUUUCUCAGAGAAAUAAGCACUAUAUCUUAUGCUGAAAAUGAAGAUGUCGAAGGUUACGGAUUCGGUCUAACUGUUGUCAAUCACAUACGUGCUGGACGUGACUGGCCGGAAACACUUUUGUUCCCACGUGUAGCAUAUUGUCGUGUUCCAGGAAUCCGUUUAGUCGGUGUGAAAAACUCCUACACUGCUCAGUGUGCUUUACCCAUAAAUAUGUUGAAUGAGAAAAUCUACAUCUUCUUCUGGUUUUGGAUUGUAUUCCUACUGAUUACAUGCAUUUUAAGCCUCAUAUUAUGGCUCAUACGACUGAUACUAGCUCCGAAGCGUAAAGAUUUCAUUAAACGCUAUCUUCGCUUGAAGGGGGUUACCUCUCCGAAGGGUGGUGAACUAAAACGAGGAGAUUUAGAUGAAUUUAUCGACAGUUAUCUACGCCCAGAUGGUGUAUUCAUAAUUCGUAUGUUGGCAAUCAAUGCAGGUGAAGUAAUCACAGCCGAGAUUGUCACCGAGCUUUAUCAUAAUUUCAUUGAUCAUUACAACCAGUCACAUCCACCUGAGAAGGAAGAUGAUCCGCUAACAAAAGAAAAAAUUGGAUUCAAUAAUCUUGUUUAA